AUGUCGUUGUUCUCACUAAGGUCCAGAUCGCGAUCCGUCGCCCCUCGUUGGUUGUACAUGCUCCUGUACCAUAUCUUCACGAUUCCCAAGAUAUAUUCGCUCCCGUUGAUAUCCGGAUCACAUGGGUUCAAUGCCAGAGAUGGGGCCGAUUCCGGCCCCAGUGUUGCCGAUGAGGUAAACGUCACCACGUACUACUUUAUUUCCAUCAUACUGGUGCUCCUGGGUGGUGUGUUUGCCGGGUUGACGCUUGGGCUGAUGGGCCAAGACGAAGUUUACCUGAAGGUCAUCAGCACUUCCGGUUCGAAUUCCGAGAAAAAAUUGGCCAAGCGGGUGCUUGGCCUGAUUUCUAGGGGGAAGCAUUGGGUCCUUGUCACGCUGCUUCUUUCCAAUGUUAUAACCAACGAAACGCUGCCCAUCGUCUUGGACAGAUGUCUUGGCGGUGGCUGGCAAGCCGUUUUCUCGUCCACGAUUCUGAUUGUGAUUUUCGGCGAGAUCAUCCCGCAGAGUGUCUGUGUUAAGUACGGGUUGCAAGUCGGGGCCUUCUUCUGUCCCUUUGUUCUCGUUCUGAUGUACCUGAUGUACCCGGUGGCGUACCCGAUUGCAACCCUCCUGGACUAUAUGCUCGGUGAAGAUCAUGGCAUCAUGUACAAGAAGUCCGGACUGAAGACUCUGGUUACCUUGCACAGAACCAUGGGUGUGGAACGGUUGACUAAAGACGAAGUCACCAUCAUUUCUGCCGUUUUGGAUCUGAAGGCAAAGAAAGUCGAGGAAAUCAUGACGCCUAUCGAAAACGUCUUCACAAUGAGUGCUGACACCAUCUUGGACGACAAAACCGUCGAAAAGAUCUUUAAUUCGGGCUUUUCCAGAAUCCCAAUUUUUUUGCCUAACGAACCAAACAACUUCAUUGGAAUGUUACUUGUCAGGGUCCUUAUCUCCUACGACCCGGACGAUUGCCUCCCAAUCUCCCAUUUCCCCUUGGCCACGUUGCCCGAGACCUCCCCAAACACGUCUUGUUUGAACAUCCUGAACUAUUUCCAAGAGGGUAAAUCGCACAUGUGUGUCGUCAGUAAGGAACCUGGCUCCUCCCAUGGCGCCAUUGGUGUUUUGACUUUGGAAGACGUCAUUGAGGAACUGAUCGGCGAGGAAAUCGUGGACGAAUCCGAUGUCUUCGUGGACAUGCACCAACAUAUCAUGCGACAACAGCCGGGGCCUUUGAGCAAAAGACAUAUCACUUCUUAUUUGCAUCACUUGUAUACCAGCUCCCACAGGGAGCACCGCGCUGAAGACCAAGUGGACGAAUCGUCUCCGCUCCUAUCCCCAUCUACUUCCGGCCACUUACCUGAACACGCGCAGCAAGCUCUGGACAGCAAACCUUGGAACCGGAAAAAAGUCAAUGACGGUAACGGCAAGUCCAAGCUGAAUCCAAAUGCCACGUCCAAGCUGACUUUACCGUCCCCAACCCCACAAUUAACAGAACAUGGCACCAUCAUACCUUCCAAUUUAGCAUCCAACCCACUAAAUGUCAAUAAAUCUUUUGUCACCAUCAAAAAACCCGCUAAUGUUCCAAAGAUUAUCACCACGCACACCCCUCACUCCAGCAAAGAACCAUCUCCAGCACCUCACUCAAGCGAUAGGAAGUCACUCUCUGCUGAAGAACGCCAAUUGCUAAGCGAUCAUGCAGAAUUAUCUCGUCAAGCCAUCAUGCACACCCAACGGUCAGGUCAACCGACUCAAGUCACCACAUCGACAAACACCACGAAAAAUAGCCCUGGUAGCAUAUCGAUUCCGAAUUCUGGCGCAAACCAUCUCGAUGGAAACCAAAACGUCACAAUCUCGUCCUCAUACCAAAACACCAAGAAUGGUAUAGUAGAAUCGGUGAUCACGGUCAAAGGUGUCCCCAAAACAAUCAUUGGUCCUGCGAAGGAUUGGGAUGAGUCCAAAAGUGAAUACGAUAAUGGAUAUAAUGAUCAAGAAAAUUCGAAUCAAACUGAUGAUAGGGGAAGUUCAAGCUCAAACACAAGUCUUUUCUCCAGUCUUAAAAAUAAGUUCAACAAGAGCGAGAAUAAUACUAACAAUGAUCGUCCCACUUAUUCGGAUUCUUUAUCAAGAAACUCCAAUUUUGAAGGUAAUGGCUCUUCAUCCACCAUGAAAAGAUAA